AUGUUAAGCAUGGCAUGGAGAAUAUACGAGAAGUGGGAAUUUUCUGAACAACCUUGUCAACCGCAUUACUCCAGUACGCUGGCAGAUGAAUUCAAAAGAACCUUCUCUCGGAGCUAUGAAGUUCGCAUCCAUUUUCAAGGUUUAUGGGAUUCUGUUAACUCGGUAGGUAUUUUACGCAACAAGCUGUUUCCUUGUACGCAAAGAAGCGCGAUAGCUGACCACGUAAGGCACGCAGUCUCUCUUGAUGAAAGAAAGGGUAAAUUCAAGCAGCAAUUAUUUGUUCCGUAUCCCAUGUUGAACCAGCCCACCACUGACGUUCCAAAUAUUGACGCUGUGAAUCAAGAUGAGUUUGAAAGUAGAAACCGCUCAACUGACACGAGAACGGGUGUGAGCCCGGAUUUGAUCGAGAAAUGGUUUCCCGGUGAUCAUUCAGAUAUUGGAGGCGGUUGGGGGCUGAUUGCACAACCAGAGAAGAUUUAUCGAAUUUUUCUAUGCGCUGGAUGA